AUGAGCGAGAGCUUCUACGAUGCCAUCUCCGCAUUCCUCGGAUUCUCCAAGUUAUUUUCCAUGACCUCCAUUACCAGCAGUGAUAACACCUCUAAAUACAAAUGCAACCACAUAAUACAUUUUCUGUCUUUGGUGCAUCUGGUGAUUGUGGCGUUCACGUAUUACCUGAGCUUCGACACGGAUGGAAAAUACGUUGGAAACUCCGACAUCUACUUCUUGUCGUACUUCACGUACGACAUGCUCAACAUGAUCAGGUUCGUGGUCAUUUACAUUCGAAGUUCGUGGAAGGUUCAAAAGGAAAUCGACAUGUACAGAGCAGUGGACGAGUUCGACGCGAAGUUGGAAGGAAACGACGAUAUGGCUGCAGCAAAUAAUUGGAUAACUAGGCAGAGCUUUGCUCUUCUAUCUUUGGCCAUCCUUUCGCAAACACUAACCGAAACUUUCGUCGCCUUGAUCUCUUACAAAGUGAUCACUGCAAAUCUGAUAAUCUGUAAAGUUUUGCCUGCUUUUACAGGCACUUUGAGGAAAUGCUACUAUUUUUUGUGGACUUGUUGGCUGAGGAAACGCUUCGAAAUAAUCAACAAACGAUUGUUAACAGUGAAGAAACGAAGUAAAGUAAAUAGGCGACACGUUUUCAGUGUGUAUUCCUUCCACAAAGAGUUGGACGAAUUAAUGGAAAUGUACAAGAAACUAGGGGAAAUCACGAGAAAUGUAAACGAAUACUUUAACAUCGAGCUGCUUUUACAUUUUUUACUACUCUUUGACGUCGUUUUUGCGAACGGCUAUUACAUGAGUUUCGUCCUCAACCUGAAUGACUCAACCUUUCUUUACAUUUUCACUGUCAUCAAAAAUUACAUCUACUUAUUAUUCGAAAGUUACUCCUUAGUUUAUUCCAGCACGUUGCUUUGCAAAGAGGCAGCUAAAUCUAAAAUGAUACUAAACAGAAUACGAGUAGAUCCAUACGACGAAAACGCACAUGGAUUAAUGAUUACUUCAAUUUACGAGUUAAAAGAAAACCAAGUAACAAUAUCCGUAUGCCGCCUAUUUUCCAUCAACAAGGCCAUGAUGUUUGGAAUGAUGUCCAACAUAUCGAAUUACAUUUUCAUCAUGCUGCAAUUGGAAUAUCAAACUGAAAAUACUGAUUAG